GAAGUUUUUUAAGUGCCUUUUCAUCGCCUUUCAUUUUGUUAUGAAACGAAAUAUAUUUCAGAGAUUUGUGAAUUUAUAUUUAGACAUAUUUGAUCGGUUUGAUUUGCUAUGAUUCUUGGAUUUGUUUGUGAAAAAUGAAAUGCAAUAAGUGAAUAGAAUUCUGGAUUUUCAUGCGUUAAAAUUUUGAGGAAAUUUUCAUAUUUUGUUGCUUUAGCUAAUUUCUUUGCUCAACUUGGUGAAAAGUUAAUUGAUCGUUCAUUUUUUAUUUAUUUUUGAAAUUAUAUUUCUGGUAAAAAUGCAACAUUUACAAGUAGAAGUGUUGAGUAGAAGUGUUUCUACUAAUAUUGAAGAAAUGUUUUACAUGUAUGCUUGAUCUAUUUGUGUACAUUCCUUAACAUAAAAAAUGGAUUCUCCUGCUAGAAGAGCUAGCUUAGAAGAUGAUUUAUAUACACCUGUAUCAGAUUUUUCUGAUCACAUUGGAAAAGGACAAAAUAACUCUCUAAAUGGUUUAAACACUGAUCUCCAAAAUGCUAAUUACCAAAGAUUUAUCCGCAUUGCUUCUGCUCAAGAAAUGGAAGAUUUUGAUUCCUUUUAUGACACCUCUGAAGAUGCAGAGUUUUCCAUUGGCUCAGAAAGUGAAGUAAAAGAUUUGUCCCAAAUGGAUCCUAUUGCUCGAGCAAAAGUAGAAGAGGAACUAACUAAAGAAUUAGCUAAGACUGAAGAAGAAAUUAAUACUUUGAGACAAGUACUAUCUUCCAAAAUUAGGAAAAUGCAAGACUUGAAACGUAAGCUGGGAAUUACGGUUUGGAAAGAAUUUCGUGAUGACAUGGAGCAAGGCAUACGCAAUAUACAGGAAUCUCCUGCAUACCAGAAAACUAGUCAAACUUUAAAAACAGCAAGUGAGAAAACAUCAGAAGCAUUUGGUACCCUUGGAGCAACCGUUAGCAAGAAACUUGAAGAAGUUAAGCAAUCACCUGCUUUCAAAUCUCUUGAAGAAAAAGUUGGAUCUGCUUAUACUAAUGUCAAGACCAAAGUUAGUGGAACAAGUUCUAAUGAAACCAAUCCUAGCCGAAGCAAUGGAGAAUCACUUAUUGAUAAAAUAAGUGGAAGCCCAAACUCUGCUGAACAUUCAUAACCAGUAAUAUUCACAAAUGCAUGCUCUUUGUUCAAUUUUCUCUACAGCUUUCAAGCCCCUGGUAUGCUUUUUUUUUUUUUUUCAGUUUGUCAUUAUUCUUGAUCCAAACCAUUGUUUAUUCCUUUUUCUUUCUUUCGUAACUUCAAAAAUUGCUAAUUUUGUUUGAUGUAAAAUUAAUGUUUUCAGAGUUCGGUUGAACCUUAUUAUUUUGGUUUUAAGAUAGCAUAAAAUUUUAAUAAGUGUUUUGGAUUUGUACAUAAUAUUUGAUCUGAAAAGUUUUUUUUUUUUUUUUUUGUUAUUUUAAUUAUUCAACAUUGUUAUCUCAUUCCAUCGUGUAAAACUCUUAAUUGACCUUUGCUUAUUUUUAAUGAACUUGUUUAUUCAAAAUUUUGUUGAAUUAUUUUGGAUCAUGUUUUCUUGAGAUUUUUAAAGUUACUGAAUUUGGUAAGAUAUUUUUAUGUGAAUUAUUUUCAUCCUAAAAAAAA